CCCAGUUUGACCUGCUGUCUGUGUAAUUUUCACUUACCAACGAAUAAUACCAACGAAUAAUGGCAGAGACUUCAGCUUUCAUCUCUGCGUUAAAUCUCCUGACGAAAGUUGUCGGCGAGGUCUCCACACAUGAUGCUCAAUCCUCACAGCAGAAGGCAGUUAUGGCAGCACUGCAGGCCAAUCAAGCCAUGUUACUGGAGCAAUUAAAGAGUGAAAAGAGAUUUGAAGAUGUUAGGAAGCUGAGGGAGGAGACGAGAGCUCAGGCGGCCUGGUUCUGUAUUGACACAGGAGACACAACAUGGAGCUUUGUUCAAGAGUGCCUCCUCCUGCUCCUUGCCUUAGCACAACAUCUUACUGUCCAGCUGGAACUCUUCAACCAGAGCUCUGCUCCUGCGGGUCCUAAACUACAUACUCCAGAGAUGGCCCCACCCUUAGCUCCAGAUGUCCUUAGUGUAAGCCAACAGAAGACAAUUGGGGCAGCUCUGCAGUUUGUGAUCUCUCUGGGACUCUGCCCUUACUUGGCACCAGGGGUUGGUGUGCCACUGCGGCGCAGAUCUGCAUUUGGGGCAAUGGUGGAAGGGUUGGUCCAUGGUGACAUAGUACCUGCAGUUGAACGCCGCCUACUGGUCAUCACAAAUGUCCUGUUGCAGAUGGCAGAGCUGGCAUCUUUUGCCACACUGAUCUUCACACGACACUUGGGGGAUGUAAUAGCAGCUCUGUGCCAGCUGGGCUAUAGGCCACACCAGUCUAACAGAGGCAGCACUAAUCAAGAAAAGGAAAUCAGUACUGAAGAACGUGAAACCUGCAGGGAGGCCCUCAGAAGCCUUCUGGGUAAAGUCUACCAGCCAAUUGCUAUCAAAGAACUGCUAAUCCUCCAAGGUGGACCAAAACAGACUGCCCCGGUGGCAGGAUCCCAUGGCACAAUCAGCAAGGUGGCUCUGGGAGCAGCUCCCACUUGGCUGAGGCGUCUCUGUGGUCAGCUUCUGUCUGACAGGCUGAUGCAGCCUGAUGGGGUUCAAGCUGUAGUCAGAGCCAUUUUGGAGGGAAGUACAGGUGGAGAGUCAGACUGGAGGAAGUGUGACAGCGUGGCCAGAAUCCUGGUAGCCUGCCCUCAGCAGUCUGUCUCACAAGACAGCUACUACAGACAGGUUUGCCCUCAGAUUGUAGCACUCCUGCACUUCAAAGACAAACUAACAGCACGGCAGUUUCAGCGUGUGGCCACCAGGGCAGUACUCACCAUGGUGGAGGGCAAGCCACACUUUGCCAAGCAGCAUCUCUUAGACUGUCUUCUUGGACCACUCCAGCGCUGUCUCAUCUUGACUGGUCAGAAACAUAGCCAAAUCAGUGUUUGUGAGAGUGAUUCCCAAGGCACUGUAGAGGAAUGGGAGCUAACAUGUUGUGUGGAGGACUUAUACAAGAUCUGGGUGGUAGGGAACAGUCCAUCAGAUCCUCUGAUGAAGGCUAUGGAGGAGGUGCUUCCAGUUCUCUUCACACUGCACUGUUUUACCAAGCAGAGCGUUUCCCACCUACGAGGCCCCUGUCAGGAGAUCUUGCUGUGGUACCUGGGUCACAUAGAGCACUCAAAGGCCCUGUCAGUUCUGAGGCAACUCUCGGGCCUUAGUGAACAGCAAAAUGAAGUAGCACCAGAAUUCCACUUCACUCCUGGCAGCAAUGGAGGGGCUACACUGAGCCCAAAGCCAAUCAUCAGUGAUGCCGAUGAUGCACUGUAUGAACAACUGUCAGAGGAACAGUGGAGGUUGGAGUGUCUAGUUCACCUGUUGGCUGAGCUCCGGGACAGUGACCUUCCUGGAGACUUUUUCUUGGAGCUUCUGCAGGAGCUGACUAACUGGGCCACAGAAGAAGAGGAGGAAGAGGAACAAGAAGUGGAUGUGUCGGCCAUGACUCUCAUGGAGUUGGAGAAGCAGCUGUUGGAGCGCACUGCUGGCCGUGGUCAAAGACUUGUCUUGCUGCAGGUGAUAGCAGUGUUGUGCGAGGGUCUGCCUCAUACUCUGCUGCUAAGGAAAAUGACGCAGGUUGUUGACUUCAUGGUGUCCCUUCUUCAGAGGGCCUGUAUAGGUUUGGGCCAAGACCUUGCUCCUGGUACUGAGAAUCCAGUGGAGAACCAGACUCUCAACAUGGGAAUGGGGCUGAUAGCCACCCUACUCUCUGGACCACAGCUCAGUGCAGCGGACUAUACCUCUAUGUUGAGGCUUCUUCCAUCAUUGGCAGAGCUAUCCCAGAAACACCCUGAGGUGGUUAUCCAGGAGCUGGCAUCCAACCUAAGAGUUGUUAUCGCCACACAUGGAGUCUACAGGCCAGAAAGCCUUCCAGCCACUGACCAGCGCACCAGGAACCCUGAAACAACACAGAACAACCAAAAAGUGUGUUCCAUGAAGCAGCAAAAAAUGCAACCUCAAACAAAAGACUCACAUGUGUCACACUACAAUCUUCAUUCAUCUGCUGUGGACACCAUUCAUAACUCCCCUACUCCUCACACACUUGCCAACACUGCAUCCACUGCCCAGCCUAAAAAAAACCCACACCCAAACCGAACUCAUGCUAGCUUUGAUGCUGAAGACCCCCAAGCCAAAGACAUUAAUCAAACCCUGACAAAGUUGUUCACCUCUGGGCACAAUGAGUACACCAAGACCCCUGAAGCUUUUGCACCAGACAGAGGUAUUAAGUCAGGAGAGAGGAACUCUGGCAUUACUAACACUGGGCCUCCCACAAAGGCUUUUUCCGAUUUGCUAUUGGAGGCAUGUGACCCUGAUGUGCCAACCCGAGCAGUGGCCCUGAGGGCACUAACACGGAUGAUACAGGAUGGGAUUGCAGACACAGUGGAGGCCCAAGAGAAGGUCCUCAUGCUCUUCUUGGAAAACCUGGAGCAUGAUGACGCCUUUGUGUACCUGUCUGCCAUUCAAGGUCUUGCUGUGCUAGCUGACUCCUUUCCCGAGAAGAUCCUGCAAAAACUUCUGGGAGAGUUCCAGAACAACCCCUCUCUACCCACCUCUGACAAACAAAACUCAUUGGAAACACGCCUCAAAAUAGGAGAGGUCCUGAUGAGAGCCAGCAGGGCAAUGGGUGACCUGGCACCUCACCUGGGCCGUCCUCUGAUCGGGGUUUUCUUGCGGGGGACGAGAGACCAGGAUCAGACAGUCCGAGCCAGCUGUCUGUCCAACCUUGGAGAGCUGUGCCAGAAAAUGGACUAUGCUCUGGGACCUCUAGCUCAAGAGUUAAGCUGCUGUCUAACUGCAUUGAUAAAGACGGAGAAGGAGGCAGAGGUGAGGAGAGCUGCCGUUCAUGUUAUUGCCUUGCUCCUCCGAGGCCUCAGUGACAAAACUACCCAGGUUCUCAGUGAUGUCCUGUUAGACUUGUAUCGAGCUCUAAAAUGGGUGGUACGGUCGGACCAAGAUGACAUCACUGUGCUCCAUGCCCAGCUGGCGUUAAAGGAGCUCGAUGAUGUCAUGAUGAAGUUCAUCUUUCCUGACCAGAAGCUGGAGAAGAAGAUUGUGGUUUUGCCAUAGAGAUCAAACAUUUUAUUAGUGUGUGUUCACAACCCUGCAGGCGGCAUACUUCACUUUUAACAACUAUUUCUUAUGUGCCACUCCUACCUAUCCGGAUUUUACACUGAGGAUCUUUAAGGGAUUUUGGAUAGAAAGCAUUUUUGCUUCUGAAGGAUGUUUUCAUUUGGAAUCCAAAUUCCUUCUAUUUUGUUCUAUUGGACAGUGAUUUUUUUUUAAAAUUUGGAUAUAUGUGUUAGUUUGGAUAUAUGUGUUAUGUUUCCUAUUUUGUUUAUAUGUGUUAGUUUGGAUAUAUAUGUUCUUGUAGUUUUUUGGAUAUGUGUUUUUGGCUUGUGUUGCACAGCUGUGGGCUGGGGGAAACAAUAUUUCAUUGAUAUUUCAUGACAAAUAAAGUGUUCCUGAUUCCUUUGUAUGUCUUUUUGUGGUCAUGACUUAGAGAAAACCCCCAGAAGACAUGCACAUGCACAGUAUAUUCUGCAUGCACACAAGCCAAAUCAAUUAGCUUCAUAGUUAAUACCAAAUUCAUAAAACAUUCAAAUUAUAGAACGUUUGAUAGAAGUAAACAAUUAAAAGGGCAAUAUGUUAUUAUAAUCUUGGGGAAAUAUGGAACAUCAAAUCUAAAAAAAAAUUUGUCAGUGUAGCAUUUUAAAUUUAACUUCACAUUUAUGAAUUUUUUUCUUUUUGUUUGUUUUUUUGUUUUUGUUUUGUGCAGAAUGUCAAAUCCAAGUUUUUGGUACA